AUGAAUACCAAAUCUGUCCUUGACCUGGUGGAUCAACUCGCAGAUGACCUGGAAGAUCUGGAAGAGACUCUUGAGCCCCUCCUCGUGAACUCUCUAAUUACCACCACCAAGAAGUUGCCUCUGCUUGAUCGUGCAAAACUCAACGUCCUGCUAGUCUAUGCCAUCGAGUCCUUGAUAUUCUCGCACCUCAGGCUUCAUGGUGUCCAAGCCAAGGAACAUCCAGUCUUUCGCGAAUUGUCCAGGGUCAAGCAGUACUUCGAAAAAAUAAAAGAAGCUGAAGCUGAACCCACCAAGUCUCAACCGCAUCUCGUCCUCGACAAGAAGGCUGCAGGCAGAUUUAUCAAGCAUGCCUUGGCCGGUAACGACCAGUACGACCUUGAGCGUAGGGAGCGAGAGGCCCGUGAGAAAUUGCUUGCAAAGAGGAAGCUCAAGAGCCUUGAAGCGAUCAUGAAAGAGAAGGCUGAGGCCAGCGCCCAAGAAGACGCCGAAGCUGAAGCAACCGCACUAGCUGCUGCUCAAGAGGCUGCUCAAUUGAUCGCAAUGGAUUUGGAAGAAGGGGAGAUUUCGGAUCAAGACAUCUCCUCAUCAGUAUCUUCUGAUUCUGGUGAUGAGGGGGUAUUGGGCACCACAACUGAGUUACGCAGCUCUUCCACAUCCGAUCUGAUUCCGCCCGAACCUCACACGUUUGACCAAGAGCAGCAAUCUCUCUCAGGUCAAUCAGCGCCUCUCUCCCCUGCCCUUGAUACUGGAAAGAGGGGCAAGAAGCGCAAACACUCAACUUCAACAGGCUCUCAAACCCUAAAACAAGCGAAAGCAACGGCCAAGAAGCAACGAAAACAAGCCAGAAAGGCCAGCAUGGCAGGAUCGAGCAAGAGUCAACCAGCUCCCAAGGCGAAGAAGCCCAAGAAACCUAAGAAGGCCAAAAAAACAAAGGUUGGCACCCAGAACGGUUGA